AGGUUCGCGCAGAGAACGGAGCAGUCCCGCAAUUCACGCGCACAGCAUUUCAAUUCGGACCUGCAGGGUUCGAGCCGCAGCUGUUCUCUGCUACUGUGCGGGUUCCACGGCGACCCAUGAGAACUUUCAUUUGACUUCAUCGUUUCAUUUUGUUUUAUUUUUAUUUUAAAUCAUUAGCCAUUCUUAUUUUUUGCUUCAUCAAACAGGCUACAAUUAUUUCAUUCUUGCUCAUCUUUUCUAAACUGCCUCGUUCAUUUUGGGAACUCCGGUGGUUUUUCCCCUCGUUUGCCUGAAAGGAAUACCUCGUAUUUGGAAUUGGUACCUGCUUGGCUUGUUAUCCACACCGGGGGGAUUAACUUCCAUGUCUCUACGGACAUCCAGCACUACGGCGGCGACGACACGGGUCGCCUUCCUGUGAGGAAUGUACGUGCUCUCCACUGCCGGUUGAUCGGAGAGUGCUCCACUCAGUCGUAUUUUUCACCGAAUGAGAAACUGUCCACUGUCCGCGGUGCUGCUCUCUCUUAUCUCGAGCAGGACUAAUAGAGGAGUAGCUCUUCCCAUCGGGAUGGUUCACUUCUAACCGGGCUCCAGUUCAGCAUUUUUUUUUUACUUUUCUCCUGGAACGGGGAUAUUGAGUUUGGAUUGUCACAAGCAGCACUCCACAAGACGCUUUCUUUUUUUUCGAAUUAGAAAUUCCCGCGAAACGGAAUUUGACCGUAACGGUCGUAACGGACCAUGGGCGACUCUAUGUGGAGAUAUUACUUUGGAGUUUUAUUCAUCGCGUGCAAGGUGAACCUGUCCCGCGCGCUCAUCCUGGACUCCAUAUACUGGAACACCACGAAUACCAAGUUCGUGCCAGGACAGGGUCUGGUGCUGUAUCCACAGAUCGGGGAUAAGAUGGACAUAGUUUGCCCACGCGUGGAGGGUGGUUCAAUGGAAGGAGUGGAGUAUUAUAAACUCUAUAUGGUUCCUCUGGAACAGCUAAAGUCCUGUCAAGUCACAAAGGCGGACACGCCUUUACUCAACUGCGUCAAACCGGACCAGGACGUCAAAUUCACCCUCAAAUUCCAAGAGUUCAGCCCAAACCUUUGGGGCCUGGAGUUCUUCAGGGGGAAAGAUUACUACAUUAUCUCUACAUCUAAUGGAACGAUGGAAGGGCUGGAUAAUCAGGAAGGAGGGGUGUGUAAAACCAAGUCGAUGAAAAUCAUCAUGAAGGUUGGACAAAACCCCUCCGAUCCCAUUUCCCCCAAAGAGUACCCCACCAGUUACCCUCCCAAACACCCCGACGCAGGGGGCAAGGGCACCAAAUCGAAUGAAGUACUUGACAAGCAAGAUGCGUCUCAUCAUGGAGAAGAGAAGGGAGAUGGAAAUAAAUCAUCAUCAGUCAUCGGCUCAGAGGUGGCCCUAUUCGCCUGCAUUGCUUCAGCCAGCGUCAUCGUCAUCAUCAUAAUUAUCAUGCUGGUUUUCCUCCUGCUGAAGUAUCGACGACGCCAUCGCAAACACUCACCUCAGCAUGCCACCACGCUGUCGCUCAGCACGCUAGCCACGCCCAAGAGGGGCGGUGGCGGCGGCAACAACAACGGCUCGGAGCCGAGUGACAUCAUCAUCCCACUGCGGACUGCUGACAGCGUCUUCUGCCCACAUUACGAGAAAGUGAGCGGCGAUUACGGACACCCCGUUUACAUCGUACAGGAAAUGCCGCCGCAGAGCCCAGCGAACAUCUAUUAUAAAGUGUGAAAAGACACGCUUCUUUCGGACCUUUUAACUCUAACCCCUCACAUGCCCCUCGAUGAAACCCCCGUAGGUGGCAUCGACGCCCAAGCUCACCCUCGUCCUGCCCCCUCUUAUUUUUUGUUGUUCUUGUUUAUUUUACAAUAUUCCUGAUUAUUACUCUCAAUAUAGAUGUUGCUGAUGGUGGAGUGACGCUCCUGAUUCGCUGCUCUUGCACCUGCAAAAACGAAACAAACAAAUCGAAAAUGACAAAAUGGAAAACGGAAACCCUUUCAGGGGAUUGACGUGCACUAUAUUGGAUACUAUAGUGUGUGUACGAGGGAGCGUGUGUGAAUCAGACGAGCGGGGAGAGGGGGGUUGAGGGGGUGGACUUGAAAAGAGAGGUCAAGAAAAUGAUUCUUCCUCUUUUUUCCACUACAUCAUCUCCCUUAAAGACACAACACGUGGAGAUGGAAAAGAGACAUGACAGUAUCACACAGCAAGAAAUAAGAACUUGAGCUGUUUAGUUAGCUUGGCUGAUUGGCUGAUCCUUCGCAAAACAGGAAGUGAAUGCAGCCCAUUGGUCACAGCUACAGGAAGUGGAUUUAACGAGAAAGCAGGAAGCUCUCCGGAGCGUACUGUUGGACAUUUGAAUGGACAUCAUCUGUUUUUGCACGUUCACUCGUACUGUUUUCAUUUAUGUUAGCUCUCCUCAUUUGCUCACCUCUACAAAAUGACUCACAAUGUUUACUUGAAGUCUUUUGUAUGGUCAUACGUCUUACUUGCAUUACUUUCUGUCAUUCCCAGUGAAGUCCACUUGCAGAUUCAUUUGGUAGAAGACUAAUAGGUAUCGUCAUAGAGAUCCUUUUGUGCUGGUUUAUGUGCCGUUUAGUAGCGUGGAAGACACAUACACAUUUCAUUUUGUAUACGUCCGCUGCCUGGGAUGAAUGAGAGAGAUAGAAAGGGAAUGAAUGAGCGAACGUCAAUAUUUGGUACAGUUGCUGUCCUGUUGCCUGCUGGGAAGGUGGAGGACCCACAUGAACACUUUAGCAGCACUUUGAAAGCCUCAACACCUUGCCCACAUGGAGUACAAACCUAAGAACAACACAUUAAAACAGAGAGAGAUCGCAGGGAGCGAAUCACUCAAGGCUUAUUAGCAAAAUCUGUCAUUUUUGACACAAAAUGGCCACCUUCCCCAGGCAUGUGGCUGCAAAAUUUCCUGUUUUUCUAGUAUUUCUGCCAUCACAAACACACACUCUCGCUCACCAGUGGCCAGUGCAGGUCGUGGAAAAGUGGAACUGCUGCUCUACUUUUUUGCUCAAAAGCACAGGGACAUCAAAUUGCAUCAUAAUUAUUUAGUUUUAAAUGAAACAAAAGAUUUAAUUAGCCUUUCUUUAUGGAUUUGUUUAGCUGUAGAUGAAAACGGUUGGAAAGAGCGCACGUAGAACUUAUUUAUGAUAGCAUACAGACAGGUCGGCGUGAAACAGCAAGAAUAUGAAUAAUUUAUGGCGAAUCUGCACAUUAUGCAAGCUUCGAGUUUUACUUUUCGUUAACAGAUAUUUCUCCAUCUCGCUAUUAGCUUUUUUCCAUCGAUCCCUACACGAAUAGCUGCCUUUUCACCACAAACACACAUAUCCGCACAAAAAGCACAUGCGCUCAUGGCCAGGGUAGGGGCGGCUUUGGAAGGAGCCCUCAGGGAAAACAGCAUGUUGGGUUUUAAAAUAGCCGAAAGGAAUGAGAGGGAAGGGCCAGAAACGGACCAAAGGAAGGGCAUGUCUAACAGAGUCCUGACUAAACCAACUUCUCCGGCCUGCCUGUCUCAGUUGAUGAAGCUCAGAUGUGCUCUGGGUUGAAAUUAGGCCCCUUAAUCUGGAAGGAAAGCAGUAGACGUGGGUUAGCAAGCAUACCAGAUGAGAACGAGCACAGGCUAAAUGUAGUAAAUUGCAUGAAAUGGGAUCUUUCAGGCUCAAAUUGUGGGAGGUUUCUGGAGGGGAAAAAACACAUUAUGAUCGAUGGAGGUCACAAGUGGAUUUAGCAUGCGUUUUAGAGAGGAAGUCACCAAGCAGAGGCCAGCGUAUCCCAUAACCCGCAGCUCCCAGCGGGUUUCGAAACUCCUUGCGUGUGUGUUGUCGUUUGUGCGAACCCCUUCGUGAGCAGUGCCAGCCUGCAGACAGUUAUCUUCAUUUGUUUCUUACAUCGAAAUUGAAAUCGUUCACCAAAGGUGGACUUGGAGAGUUGAAAAUGUCCACAGACUGACUGUGGAUUGCCAUAGUCGCACAUUAACUGUUCAUCCAUUUUGUUUUCACUUGUUCAUGGAGGUUCUUGAAUCUCACCGAGAAGCCAAGCCUUGUGUGAUCGGAGCUUUGUGCCUCUGUAAGAGGCCACAAAAUCUGCAAAUAUGCAAUUUUUAUUUAUUUUUAUAACAAUUGAGAAAAAAAGAUGAUAUACGUUCACCUAUGGAAAAGUGUUCUUAACCACUGAAAAUUAAAUGAAACAAUACAGCAUAAGAAAACACUACAACCCCGGUGUGUUAUUAUUAUUAUUAUAAUUUUUAUUUCAUUUUUUUUUUUUUACUUUGUGCUGUAGGUUCGAGGUAAACUGUGAAACAUGAACACUUACACACACACACGUACAUAUUGAAGACUGAGCAGUCGUUUUAAACUAUAGAAGACACAAACAUACUACAAACAUGUUGCUGUUCGGUUGCUGUCCCAUAUGGGCUAAAUAUGACAAUCUCCUUAGUUUCUUUGAAUCCGAAGACACUGUCCCAGCAAGCAGGUUGCAAACGUUCCUGUAACAUUUUAGGAGCAGUAGAACUUAACUAGUAGCGUAAGAUGUUGCACCGAUGUUGAUGGAAGGUUUGUGAAAUGCUGGGAGAAGUGUCUUCGGCCCACUGUAAAAUGCCUUGCUUGUAUGGUCACCCUGAGUUCACUGGACUCUAGUUUUUGCACCGUACAUCUGUAGGUAAGAGGCUGUAAAUACGUUAUUGUUUGUAUUGUAUAUGGAUCCCCGGUUGUUACAAUAGCCUUAUUCUCACAUUUCUAGCAAAUAAAAAAAGUUAAGAAAAAAAAACAUGAAUCACUUCAGUUAAAAGAGAGCAUACUAAUUUUUUUGGUAAAUAACUUGUGUAAAUAUUGACGACAAACCCAAUAAAUCGUUUUUUAUAAACUCUUAAGUAAGAUGUUUUGUAUAGAAUUGGAAUUUUUUGCUAUGUAUUUUAGCUAGCACUCGUCAGACCCCUCCCACUCAACCCUUUUGCACUGUUCCCAUGGUGAUCUGGUUUAAAAAUGAAAAUGAGAUAGAGAAUUGCCAAACUGACUGCUUGCUGCAUAUUUGUGCCAUACGUGUGUACCAUAGAUAUUUAUUUAAUUAGUUUUUUGUUUUUGCUUUUUUUUUUUCUGUUGGAUUCUUCUACCCAGUUUGUAAACAAGCUCAGUAUUAUCAUUUGAGUUUUUCCCCCAACUUCUCAGUUUCCUGUUAUCUUUCUGUUGCUAUCGUUUCCCGAUGGCCCAUGCGCCCAUCCUUCUCUCGCAGUAAGAUCUGGUCAGGACGUGCAACCUUAUAAAAGUCAUAGAAAUGAAAUGGCACACAUUCCACCAGUCUGUUACAAACUGAAAAUGUUUUUCAAUAAAAUGUUUUUCCUAUGGAA